AUGAUUCGCGCUGAUAGAUACGGUGUGAGCUGCCUGAAGUCUCGCUCUGAGGAUAUACGACUCGAGCUGCCGUUCAACGUUACCACAUUCGUGAACAAGCACCUGCUGAAUGAACUCCGACGCCUUGACAAGCGGAGCAUGACAACGACGUCGGCAUAUGAGACCUUGUAUAUGCGCCUCCGUGAACAGUUCGACGCUUGCGACAGCGAGUCCAUUCGCGGCUUUGCGGAUGAGCGGUCGGUUGUGGCUGCUGUCGUCAACGCAACUGUCGCCGUCUGUGAGAUCGAAGAGCGAUUCAUACGCAUAGAUCCGCAAGUGCUGGAAUUCGGAGAGGUUUGGAAUGACUGGGAGGUCAAGGACCUGCUAUCGGGCUUCGGAGCCGACGUGAAAGCAACACUUGCUGUGGAGCUUGAGGCGCAGCUGCUGAGCACACAAGCGCUUAUGGGAGACUAUGUUCUCCCGGAGCUGAUGGUGUAUGACCAGCUCUUCUCCAUCGUAUGCAAGGUAUUGCUUCACUCUGCUGAUGAUGACGACAAGGAGAUGGACGAGGAAGCUCAGAAGGCUUCCCUUGCCAUCACUCAGGCUAUCGCCAAGCACCUCUGUCGAUUCGAGUAG